AUGCCGAAAAUCCGAGGCAUAAGCCGGGCUCGAGCCAAGCGGCUAUCGUCGGAGCGAUGCACCAGUCCCGAGGACGAGCAUGCGAGCUCUCUAAAAUACAUAGAGGCCGCAUACUCUGGAGACAUCAAACCCCUUAGAGACCUCACCCAGAACUUCCAGGUGAAACUGGAUUCCCUUAUCCAGUAUGUCGAAAGACUCAAGCAGGCUGUGUCGGAUCGCGUUAAUUACUUUCAUGCUGGACUCAUUCUGCAGUCCAGCCGGGAAGUUUACUCGCGCAAAGUUGAUUAUUUGGAGAUGCUCCUCGACGCGUUAGUGAGAACGGCCAGCUCUGUCGAGCUAGUUUUGGAAAAGCCAGAGGCGGAUGUUGAACAGAAGAAAUGCAAUAAGCGCCACAAACAGCUCUGGCCGAAAUUGGAAGAAUUCAAGCGGGUGUCAAAAGAAGAGAUAACAAUUCUACCUGAAUCUCAACGUGUAGUGAACUUCGAUCUACCCAAGACCGUACGAUUGCCUCCGAUUCUGCCGAUGCUGUUAAUGCCCCCAAUAUGCAACCAUGUAUUCCUUCGAGACACGAAAGGAGAUGUUAUGGGUCGGAAAGCAGACUUUCGAGUCAACUGGCCGAUAAAUCGACAAGGAAUGCCGAUCGAUCUCGCUAAACAACUUCAAAAAACAUCGAAGGCUGGCGACGAAGCCGACGAUCAUGCGGUUUUUCUGGCGAACCCAAAAAUUGCCGAUGUUGAAUCAGAUGCAGACCUUGAUGACGCACCGAUGCUCGACGACUCCAAUUUGUCGGAACCAGACUGCGCCGUCGGAAACGGGUUCGCGGAAAACUUAUUUGCACAUGAUAUGUGUUCCACCCCUGCUCCGCAUCCGGACCAUGCCUAUGAGAUGCCUCCAUCGCCAGGACCAUCGAGACCCGACACCUCUGUAUCCAUGACUUUGAUCAACACCCCCUUCACGCCGAUGUUGGAUCCAAACACACGACCGAAGCGUAGUGCGAGAAAGCUUCCCGCAGCGAUGACUCUAUCGGAAUUCAUAACUGGAAAAAGGAAACCAGACAGCUCCGCUUCGAAGCGGAAAAGGAAGGCCAAGAAAUCUUCGAAGGAUCCUAAGAUUAACAAAUCGAAGCGGGCAAAACUGGACUUCGAAGCAGAAGCCCCACUCCUCGAAAACUGCACGAUUCAUGGAGAUGGCACCGCACAUGGUGAAAAUGUAGAAGAAUCGCAGCCCCUGGCGCCUUCUGAAGAUGUUUUGAAUUCCCCGAGACCAUCGUCUGCGACGCCUUCUCACGCUCCCGAUUGGGAUCUUGGUCCACCCGAUGACACAGAUGAUGAGGUCGCGGACAUCAUGAGCGAAACCAAAGAAUCUGAAUUCUCGAAAGGCGUCACAGAGCUUUCACCCGUAGACGACUCCACUCCCACCCGACAGCAGGAGGAGGCAGACGAUCGAUAUCAAACGUGGACGGAGAAAAUAAGACCGAUACUGCAGAGAUUGGACGAGAAACCGAAAUUCGAUCUGCGAGACACUGCGCGAACUAUAAUUCAGGACAUGAAAGUGGGAGAAAAGGUCUCCAUGGGGGAAAUUCUCCGUCAUAGGAAACCCGAGCAGGUGUCAAGAAAUUUCGUUGCGUUACUACAGCUGUGCAAUACGCGAAAUGUGGAAAUCGGGAAUGACAGCGUUCUUCUCUUGAGUGACGGUUUCAAGCUCGCUGCUGAAAUACCGCUGGACGAUUGUCCCGAUCAGCCCUUGAGUCCUGCCGCGACAGAGUCCCAGAACCUCCGCCCGUCAUAG